UCUAGUUAAGCCGGUCAUGCGUGUCAUUUUAUUUUCAAUGUUUCUGUCCGCCCUGCACGGAACCACUGUGGAAACCGGAAAGUGAUCGACGAUCUGCUCAAAUCGCUCUCAAGCCAAUCCGCCAAUGGAUCAACCGAAGAUGGUACGGAGAGGUAGGGCGGCAGUCGUAGUUCUCGGGGACAUCGGCCGCAGUCCUCGGAUGCAAUAUCACGCUCUUUCUCUAGCUCGCCAGGCUCAUCUAGAGGUGGAUAUUGUUGCAUAUGGAGGUUCAGACCCCCAUUCUGCUGUUUUAGAGCAUCCGUCUAUUCACACUCAUAGAAUGACACAGUGGCCAUCAACCCCUCAAACAUUUUCCAAGAUGCUACGUCCUUUAAUGCUCAUGCUCAAGCCAUUGGUUCAGUUUGUGAUGCUUUUGUGGUAUCUCUUUGUCAAAAUUCCUGCCCCUGACGUAUUCAUAGUGCAGAAUCCUCCAUCUGUUCCUACAUUGGUUGCUGUAAAAUGGGCAAGCUGGUUCAGGCGUUCUGCAUUCGUCAUAGAUUGGCAUAAUUUUGGAUACACCCUCCUUGCAUUGUCUCUUGGCAGAAACAGCCGAUUUGUAACACUUUAUAAUUGGAUCGAAAAGCAUUAUGGAAGGAUGGCAAAUGGGUCAUUUUGUGUUACAAAGGCAAUGCAACAUGAAUUAGCGCAAAACUGGAGUAUAAAGUAAGGGAAGGAUAUCAAAUUUUUCUUAAACAGCAUUUCAGUUAUUCAUCAUCAUCAUCAUUUUCAUUUCAAUUAUUCAUAUCUACUGAAAUAUUGUGCUAAAACUGUUUUCCACAAACUUAGUGCCAAUGUUCUGUAUGAUCAGUCUCCUGAAUUCUUUCGACCUGCAUCCCUAGAGGAGAAACAUAAGUUUUUAUGUAGGAUUAGUAAAAACAUACAAGAGCCAUAUGGCCAGAAAGAUUGUCUAAGCUAUGGAAUAUUGGGGACAGACAAUGUUGACUCCAAUAAAACUCCUUUUACAACUCAGACUGGAAACGGUAUAUACUUGAACCAAAACAGACCAGCUCUCAUUGUCAGCAGUACAAGCUGGACCCCAGAUGAGGAUUUUGAAAUCCUCUUAGAAGCAGCUGUCAUGUAUUGAUAGACGAGUUGGUGCAAUUCUAAAUGAGGAUGAAUCGCAUAGGGAGGAGCUUGUUUGGCAGGAAAUUAUGCAUGGGAAACAAUUUUUGUACCCAAGGUUGUUAUUCAUAAUUACCGGAAAAGGGCCUGAAAAGGAAAAAUAUGAGCAGAAAAUCAGAAAACUGAAUCUCAAGCGUGUAGCAUUUCGUACAAUGUGGCUUUCGGCAGAGGAUUAUCCAGUGCUUCUUGGAUCAGCUGAUCUUGGUGUUUGCCUUCACACGUCUUCCUCGGGUUUGGAUCUUCCAAUGAAGGUUGUGGAUAUGUUUGGGUGUGGAUUGCCGGUGUGUGCAGUUUCUUACUCUUGUAUUGAGGACCUUGUAAGGGUGGAGCAGAAUGGGCUGCUUUUCUCGUCAUCUUCUGAACUAGUAGAUGAACUUAUGAUGCUAUUCAAGGGCUUCCCAGAGGAAUGCAACAUGUUGAAAUCCUUGAGGGAGGGGGUGUUAGAAACAAGAUGCUGUGCAAAAUGGGAUUCAGGAUGGGAAGAGAAUGCCAUGCCCUUAAUAACCCAAGUCAUCUCUCAAAGGCUUGGCUGAAAUAUGAGAGGAUGGGAUAGAUAACCUUGGGACACGUUGGAGCUUCAGAUUAUAUGAGGGUAGUGCAGAUAAAAGAUGUUAUACUAGGAGUAUGUUUUAUUAUCAUUAUUCUAAAUUUUUUUAUUACAAAGAUGUAAUGUAAUCGAAACUUAUUUGUAAGACGACUUGCUAAAUGUUGAAUGCAAUUGAAACAUGUUGAAUGUAAUCAACAUUCAAGUAUGUCUUAAUUCUUAGAAACCAGUCAAACCACCAUGAAAAAAGCACCCAUUGAUUGUAGAUUUAUAGUUAACAACUUAACAUAAGUACUUUGGGAAGUGUUGUAACAAACUAAGUGGUUGAGAUGA